AAAUGUUCUAGUUAAUAUGAGAAACUUCGCAAUUUACGAAGAAUCAGUGUCAAGUGAACAUCUCAAGGAGUAGGAUGUGCAUAUUCCUGUUCUCUCAGAAAGUGGAAACACUUUUAGUUAACAAAAGUGGGCAUAGGUAUACUUACGUGAAAGAGGGUAUGAAAAAGAAAACCUACCCAUGCGCAGGACGCAACAGUGUUUCCUAAUUAUGGAUGAAGGGUCGGAGAUACUGGGAUUUGUCUCCGACAACCUCCUGGAAGAAUUCUCACCUAGUCUCUGCUCCGAACCUGCUCCAACUACCGAACCUGAUCCAGUAGUACAACCUGUCUUGGAUACAGGAAUAAAUUCAGAUCCUGCUCCGGGUUGUGUUUCAGAGCCAGAGCAGAUUUAUGAACCCGGUGAAAAUAUUGAACCUGCUCUUGAUUCUGAACCUGCUAUAAAAGCAGGAAUGGCAUCAGAACCAAACCUAAACGCAGACUCAGCAGGUUUGGUUGCAAGUACAGAACCAGCUUUAGUGGGUCAGCUUGAUGCAAUCACAGAACCUGUUGUAGAAGAGGGUUCUCUUGCAAAGGUAGAUACGUUAAAAGAAAAUGGGACAACGAAGAGAAAACUAGAAGCGGAGACGGAAGAAAGUGUCAAAAAACCAAGAAUUGGUUCAGAAUCUCCAAAUCCUACUGUUAACAUGUCCCAGUGUGAGGUCUCAUCGUCCUCUCCGGAGAAACUAGAUUCCGGAUCAGUUUAUAUUCCAGAGGAGACUAUAAGCCAGAUAAUAGAUCCUAAACCAACCAACCCCACUCCGGAGUCGGAGACAAAUGCUCCGAAUGAGGAGGAUCAAGAUGAACCGAAGGAGGAGGAAAUGGACCAAACAGCUAACAAGCUGAAGGCCAGUGGUAUCAGUAUAUCACUGAUUAAGAAGAGGAAAGAGGAGAAUGGUGGAACGGAUAAUGAUGGUGAGGAGAAGGAGAGUGAACCGGAGAAGCAGGAACAAACCAACCCACUAGAGGUCGGACCUAAUAUCAGUGUAACCAUGAUAAGCAAGGGAGCACCUGAAACCCAAAACAAGUUUACUCUCAGUUUAAAAAGUCAAAGUGAACUCUUGGAUCCUAAAAAAAGUGAAACUAAAUCUGGUAGUGCCAACAUGCUCGCUAACGGAGUUUCAGAUGCCAUCUCAGUGUCUAGAAUUACAAAAUCUCCCUCGAUCAGCUCUCCCGCAGCUCAAUCCAAAACCACGUUUACCAAUUCCAAACCUAUGCUGAGCUCUCCUCCGGGCAUAGGUCUACACAGACCUCUGAUCUCUCAACCCGGACACGGUCCUCCUGGUCUUCAAUCUCGUCCUAACGGUCGCUCCAGUCUCCCUCUAGCAACCGGAAGUGUAUCUGAGCAACUUAAUGUUGUUGCAUCCGGUAUAGCUGAGUAUAUGAGACACGGUAUUGAAGAGGUUCUCCGUGAACUCUCUGCUCAGGGUAGCCAGGAGGCCACUAUCAAGGGUCUUCAGUUAGAACUGGAGAAGAUGCAAUGGCGGCACCAGCAAGAGCUGGCCGAAGUGAAACAAGGAAUUGAUAUAAUGCUCAAGGAUAUGAAAACUAACAUGGCCAAGGACUCCCAGAGAACUAUCGAGGAGUUUAAGAAGCAAGCGGAGAUGGAGCGACAGAAAGCAAUCCUGGAGACAAAGAAAAAGCAGUGGUGCUCACACUGUGGGAAGGAAGCUAUCUUCUAUUGCUGCUGGAACACGUCCUACUGCGACUAUCCGUGUCAGCAAGCCCACUGGCCUGCUCAUAUGGCAACCUGCUCCCAGUCUAACCAGGAGGAGGAGUCCCAGGCUCAUGAAGUUAUCCCGGAGCAGAAACCCAUCCAUGCCGUCUCAUCCUCCGCUCUACUCAACUCAUUAACCCGCCAAACUAACUCAAUGGCGAUGAACACGAUGAACUUAUCUAACUCGGCGGUUGGGAUGGGACCCGGCAUGGGAUUUGUUAUGCCUGGUAUGGGAAUGGGAAUGAGACCUGGGAUGGGAAUGAGAUCUCCGAUGGGAGUGAGUAUUCGACCCGGUAUGCCAGGACAGCUGACUAUCUCCAGACCCUACUUUAUGUGAGCACAUUAUGUCGAGUCAAUCCAUGUUAUUCAUUCAGUUUAUUCUUCAGAAAUAGAAAUAAAUCAUCUGAUUUUCA